AUGAACCGAAUCAAGGACGUGCCCGGAUACAAGAAUCCCGUCUUCAAGGGGAAGGAGGAGCGGCGGGCCAAAGUUCAGGCAAAUGUUGCUGCAAAGGGCUUCAUCCCUCGCGAGCUCGUGCCGAACAAGGUCAGCUGGUUCUACAGCCACCUCGGCAUCGACGACACUUAUUUACAGGCCGAGUCUAUCGACGUCAUCUCCGACCACAUUAUCGCGCUCUUCGGCGCCAAGGUCCUCGCAUACACUAAAAUGAUCCUACUACACUCGCAAUUGAUCUGGAGAAGGUCGACGAGAACGGUGCGACGUUCAUCCAAUCCGGGAAGACUGCGACGGAAGGGCCUGGUGCGACGUGAGAAUCGAAUCGACGGGUUGUUCCUCGACAAGAGCACGCCGGACAAUAUCUUCCACCUGGAGACAUAUCGCUCGCAGGGCUCAAUUUCGGUCACAGCGUCGCAGCAACUGCGGUGCUACUUUGUGACAGGAUGCAAUUUCCCGCCCGCGUCUGCAAGCAGUGACAGGCGAACCGAUAUUCGCACUGUGUCGGAUCCGGUCUUGGAGAAAGCGAGCGAGAAUACACUGGAGAUCUACCCGCGUGUCAUGUGGAAUGUCGAGUCCUGGUAUGGGCCCGUCAUCGAGGUCUUUGAGGUCGAAGGAAGCCGCGAGCGCCGGCUCGUCAUCGGGUACAAGAUGGGCGGAACGAGCAAAUUCUUCAGCGCCCUCUCUAACUUGUACCACUUCUGUUCGCUUUACUCUGCCCAAUGA